GUCUCCCUCUGCCGAUGGGUCCUCUCUUUUCAUCUUCUCCAUUUGCCGCAAAAACCUCCCUUUCUCUCUUUUCACUACCCACAAUCCUCAAUCCCCAGUUCGCUACUUCUUGGGGGGUUUUGUAGAGGUUUUCUCCUACUCAUUUCAUUCGACUAUCCGAUUUCUUUACAAAAGAAAGAUAGCAAGAAUAGACUGAGGGACUGAAAGAAGGAGAUGGGUUCUCUACAAGAUGUGUCAAGGAAAGGAAAUAGACGAAAAGACGAGGGAGAAGAGGUAGAGGGAGAGCCAAUAUUGAAGCAGCAAAACCAGAGGUUUUGCAUGUUUCCCAUUAAGUAUCCGCCCCUUUGGUAGAUGUACAAGAAGGCUGAAGCCAGUUUCUGGACCGUAUGGUCGUAGUGGCAACUUCAGGGACUGGAUAUGUGCUGGGGAGUGGAAAUGCCAUUGAUUUUGCGGUUGGACUUGUGUUGGAACAAUGAUGGUUGCUAACUCCUUGAAUCAGAUUCACAAUGACUGGAGCACUGACUUUCAAGAGUGAUGGUUAUAGUUUAGGGGUUAUCCUUCUGGAGCUCUUAACUAGACGUAAACCUGUUGAUCAUACACUCCCACAUGGACAGUAGAGUCUUGUGACAUGGGUAUUCUAGCAAAAUUUUCCUUGGCAAUUUUUUACUAGUCUAUAUUUGCAACGUUCAUGCUGGCUGAUCCUUGCAUACUUGACUGUUAGGCAACUCCACAACUUAGUGAAGAUAAAGUGAAGCAGUGUGUUGAUGCUAGACUACUUGGAGAUUACCCUUCAAAGGCACUUGCAAAGUUUGCUACUGCGGCCACAUUUUGCCUGCAAUACGAAGCUCAUUUUCGGGAGCAUUGUAGUCAAAGCUCUCCAGCCUUUUUUGCACACUAGGCCCACUGUCCAGGGUAAAAUGCAACAUCCAUAAAUUCCAGUGAGUUGCCUUCCGGUCUUUUUGCUAAAUCUGACGUUAUGAUUUGUUCUGUAAAUUGAUGCUUCUGGAUUUCCAUUGUUUUAAACCUUGGAGAUUUUAUUUGUCUUGUCGUUGUAGUUCUAGUUUGACUCGAAUGAUACGAGGCGUGAUAUUUGAAUGAUUUGGGGCAUGUUAUUACUAAUUUUUAUUUUUAUUCUCUUAUUUAUAAAACUUAAAUGUAGCA